UGAGGUUAUAGAGAGAGUACAGAUGCGUUGUGCUGUUCAGAUGCUAUCGCCUGCAUAUAUGCUGCAACAUUUUCACUAAAUAAUAGAGUUGAAAGAAUUUCUUGAAGGAUGUUUUGUUACUGUCCAUUAACAGUCAACAGCCCGGGAGUGCCAACAAGACCUCAAAAUCUGCCCUUUUCACUCUAUUCAGCCGCUUCUUCUCAAUAUGCCGGUUACGGAUAUCAGAACGAUUUGCACGAUGAAAGCUUCAUGAGAAGAAAGCAACGCAGGAAUAGGACAACCUUCUCCGUGCAGCAGUUGGAAGAAUUGGAGAAAGCAUUUGCUCAGACUCAUUAUCCGGAUGUAUUUACAAGAGAAGAUCUUGCAAUGAAAAUUAAUCUUACUGAAGCAAGAGUUCAAGUAUGGUUUCAGAACCGUCGAGCCAAAUGGCGUAAAGCGGAACGUCUUCGUAAGGAACGAGAAGAGAAACAACGCCCCUUAAUGGAAGGCGAGAAGGGCGUACUUCAGCCCCUGGGUCCACCCUCAGACUCAGAAGACAGCAAUCCCGAAGGCCAAAAGGAUCAAACCCCAACUGUUCUAUGUGGAGACUCGGAGUGUGGAUGGAGAUGCCAGGACAAGGAUGACAGCAAGAAAAUUCCUUCGAAUGAGAAGCAGAUAGCGCUUUCCACUUCGAGUAUCCACGAGGAGCUGAAUAUGAAACCCGAUUCGAGCAGUGAAGACAACAAGCUGGAGGAAGUGGAGCCGCUGAAGCUGCGCACGUCGGGAGCUUUUUCCCCUUCGCCUGCCCUCUACAAGGACUACUUCCCCACCCUCAGACCGGCGCGCCUCGUCCCGCCUCCGCUCUGGCCUACCCUCAGAGACUGUCAAACAAGUAGUCGGCAACACUGCAUAGAGGCAUUGCUGUCCUCUUCAUCGUCUGGGGACCUGCCCAGGUUCCCUUUCCCUCCACUCUGUUUUCCCUCUUCUCACCCGUUAGCGACUUCUCAUCCUUUGGCGAACACUACAUCCACGCCAACAUUCUUCCCCAUCAAAGUUCCUUUGUGUGCGUGCAGUUUCGGACGCCACCUUUCUCCAUGUCCAGGGGCAAACCGACCGAGUCCCCUCCUUCAGUCAUCUUCCAGCACCGGGGGCGGUCCCGGGGAUCUCUCAGAAAUGCGGAGGAAGAUCCGAGAACACUAUCAACCAGCCUUGCUCCGCCCCAUCGCUACCACAUCUCCCCCACCCUCGGUGGGGCUUUCUUCUGCCCCAAGAUUGGAGAAUGGCACAUGAUUUCGAAUCGUUCACAUAGCUUGAUCGACGAAGGCGAAGUUCUCACGUCUAAUUUCCUUAACGUUGCUGUCAUUUUUAUUCGCUGAGGCAUCGCACUGUGAAUCCUAACAGUAACGAUGUCUGAGCGAACGCUUUAGAAACGCUUGGAUCGGAAUGAUUGAACAAUACCAAACCAGUAUAGUUAUUCCUAGAAAAUACACAAGUAUUUGGAAGAAGUUUC